ACAGGGCGAAACGCUGUCAAAAGAGUGUCCCAGCUAGCCACUCCGCGGAGUGUUGAAAACACAAGACCAAGUUGACACCUAUCCGGUCAGCUGUUUGAGAGUCAAACUUGGAAUAAUUUAAAAGAUCACAAGGAUAUCAUCAUCAUCAACAGUAGGAUUCAACGUAAACCAUAGCCACGUUACAAAGUUGCUAGCUUGCUACCUUCGUGUACCCAUCUUUUCGCUAGCUAGCACGAAUCAGCAAGCUAAUCUAAACCGCAGAAACAACUUGUUAGCGUAGGACUUUACAAUGGGAUCCAGAGCGUCCACAUUACUGAGAGAGGAGGAGAUUGAAGAAAUCAAAAAGGAGACCGGCUUUUCCCACAGCCAGAUCACCCGGCUCUACAGUCGCUUUACCAGCUUGGACAAAGGAGAGAACGGCACGCUCAGUCGGGAAGAUUUCCAGCGGAUUCCAGAGUUGGCCAUCAAUCCUCUGGGAGACAGAAUCAUCAAUGCCUUCUUUCCUGAGGGGGAGGACCAGGUCAACUUCAGAGGCUUCAUGAGGACGCUUGCUCACUUCCGUCCCAUAGAAGACAACGAGAAGAACAAGGACCCCACUGCCUCUGAGCCACUCAACAGCAGGAGCAAUAAGCUGCUCUUUGCUUUCCGGCUGUAUGACCUGGACAGAGAUGAUAAGAUCUCCCGUGACGAGCUGCUACAGGUCAGGAUGGGAAUGAUGGUUGGUGUGAACAUCUCUGACGAGCAGCUGGGCAGCAUCGCUGAUAGGACCAUCCAGGAGGCCGARCAGAACGGAGACAACUCCAUUUCCUUUAAUGAGUUCAUCAAGGUUGGAAACUUACAUUUUGUAUAUUUGGAAACAUGAACUAUUACCUAACCU